UUCCUUACUUAGCCGCCUGUCACGAGAGUCGCAAUUAUUUCCUUGUUUCAGCACGCGUCCGACGACCGCUGGACUGUGCUAACUGGCCGUCAGCUCGAAAAGAAGAAGCUUGAGUACGAAUAUUUAAAGGAGCAGCGUAGACGCUUUGAGGCUGAAAUGGAGCUCAUAGAUUUGCAGUCUCGACGCGGCGAGGAAGAGAUAACUCGACUUUCUUCUGAAGUCCGUUUCGGCAAGCCCGCAAACAGCCAGCCGACUACUCCACCGGAGUAUAGCGAUAACGGGUUUCCAAACGCCUUUUCCCGACCGAACCGUUUCAGUAUGUCCAGCAUUCAGCCCACAAAGGUUACGCCUCGUGGCAGCCGCGCCAACUCUCAGGUGACUUCACCUCCGUCCUCUUUCUUCAACAACAACAACGGCCUGCCAUCUCAAUCUGUGCCAGGCACUCGCCGCAACUCAGAUGAAGAGCACGACGAUUUUGACAACGACGACUUCACCCCACUGAGCCCAGCCUCGCGAAAGAACAACCGUAUGUCCAUGCCUGUGACUGGCCUUGACCUCCGUGGCCGUGAUAACCUUCCAGAUCUGGCUUCCGUUCUUGGUCACAUCGAUACCACCGGCUAUCUCUUUGGUGAAGAAGACAAAGAACAUAAUCCAACUGCUUCACCGGAUCACAAGGCUUAUCUCCAGAUGAGCAACACGAAUGACAAGUUCCCCAUUCUUGUCCGUCGUGGCGAUGCAGGUAACGGUACGAGCCUUUCUGCCUCUUCCGCCGCGCUUGAUUUAGCCCUUGCACAAUCCCCCGGCUCGGAGGUCCAGUCUGGUUGGCCAAGCUAUCGCACGCAUCGUCAGGCCCAACAGUCGCUUCCUGCUAACACAUUCCGUAAAGGCUCACAGGCUGAGGAGUAUGAGAACAACAACUCCAAUGGUCAGACCACGCCCAAAAAUCGCCAAUCUGUCGAGUUCAACUUCACCAGCCCCUUGAGGGCCGACAAUCAGCGCUCCAGCUUCGCUAGUCCAAACAACGGCAUGCCAAAGCUGACCCAGUCGUUUUCCACAAGCAAUGUCCCUACCCUGAAGAAUGGAACUGGAGCUAAUAGUAACGGCACAAACGGAAACGUCAAUGCCCAUGCGGAACAACAUUUCAACCAACACAACGCGAACCUUGGCCGCAUCCCCCCUCACGCUGUGUCCCAUCGCCACAGCCGGGAGCUGUCGACGGGUUUCAAAGAGCAGGAGUAUCGCCCUGUCUCUUCCGGCCUACACGCGAGCGCUGCCCCCUUUGGCCCUGCCAUCACUUCUGCAGCACCUAGCAAUGGGUCUGUCAGCAGCUCUAUUGGCUCUCCAACCAUGUCGCAGUACUCAUCCCCAAAUGCCGGCAAUGGCCCAUACUAUGGAUAUGGCAUGAACGUUCUCAACAAUGCUAUGAGUGGCAUGUCCCUUGGCCCCCAGUACGGCGGACCGCCUCCUUACGGCUCCAAUGGCGUGUACCCCAACGCCAGCCCGUACUUCAACCCUUACGCUACAUACGGACCCAAUGGGCGCGUUCAAGACAGCCAAGCUCGCGUCAUUCAGAGUCGCCGUCUGCAAAAUGAUGCCAACCGCUUCAUGAACUAUGAUCUGAAGACUAUGCCACGCCACGAGAUCUACAGCCUGUGCAAGGACCAGCACGGCUGCCGUUUUCUGCAGAAGAAACUCGAGGAGCACAACACAGAAUACCUGCAGAUCAUCUUUGAUGAGACAGCUCCUCAUGUCGUUGAGCUCAUGACCGAUCCCUUUGGCAACUACCUCUGUCAGAAGCUUUUGGAGUUCACCAAUGACGAGCAGCGCAAUACUCUCGUCCGUAACGCUGCUCCAGCUAUGGUCUCUAUCGCACUUAAUCAGCACGGCACCCGAGCCUUGCAGAAGAUGAUUGAAUUCAUCUCCACCGAGGAGCAGACUCGGAUUAUCAUUCAGGCCCUGUCUGGUCAGGUCGUCGAUCUCAUCCAGGACCUGAAUGGCAACCAUGUCAUUCAGAAGUGUCUUAACCACCUCAAGUCGUCAGAAGCGCAAUUCAUCUUCGAUGCCGUAGGCGAGCACUGUGUCAUUGUCGGAACUCACCGUCACGGCUGUUGUGUCCUCCAGCGUUGCAUCGACCACGCUUCUGGGUUCCAGAAGGUCGAUCUCGUCCGCCAGAUCACCGCCCACAGCUUCCAUCUUGUGCAGGAUCCUUUUGGUAACUACGUUGUUCAGUACAUUCUCGAUCUGAACGACCCCAACUUCACGACCCCGCUUUGCCUUGGUUUCAAGGGCAAGAUUGCCGAGCUUUCUAUGCAGAAGUUCAGCUCUAAUGUCAUCGAGAAGUGCAUCCGCUGUGCUGAGAUGUCAACCAAAGCUGCUAUGAUUGAGGAGUUGGUGGACGCUGAGCAACUGGAGAGGCUCAUGCGCGACUCUUAUGGGAACUACGUCAUUCAGACGGCUCUCGAGUUUGCUCCUCCUGAGCUAUGCAUGCACCUCAUCGAUGCCAUGCGCCCUAUUUUGCCUCAGAUCCGCCAGACACCUUACGGUCGGCGUAUCCAAUCCAAGGUUCAGGAACGUGAGGGUCGCCUUGCUGCUUUCACUGGCCGUGCUCCGUCCGGUCACGUCUCUCCGAGCACUGUUUCUGGAGCGCAGACUUCGGAGGCCGGUUCUUCGUACCAGACUCCUAUGUACACUGCCUCUGCCAACUAUGGCGCCAACAUUGCUUCACCUCAACCGCAUCGUCAGCCGCACCGCUUGAGCAACCCACCUAUGCCUCAUCACUUCAACAACUCUGUACACAACCCGGCUUACCAGCAGUACGCCCAGCCUGCUGGUGUGAGUAACUUCUUCUAGCUGAAGGGCCCUAACGACGUUACGACCUGACGAGUUAUGGUCACGUGCAUGCUCGACAUGUUCCGUCACGCUUUAUCGACACGCAACAUUCU